AGAACCUCUCGUGCAGUUGCACUUGCAGUCCUCACACACUCACACACACUCUCAUACACACUCUUCAUACUUCCACUCUGUCACACACACUUUUUCUCACUCGCUCUCAUUGCAGUAGAGACACUCUUACACACGCACUCAUUAGUGAAGAUGCCUUGUGUCACUCCUUGCCGAAUGAUGAAGAUGAAGGGGCCCAAAUCAUGCAGCUCCAUAUUGGGGAGAAUCCUCAGGGUGGAUCAGGUCCUGUCCGAUUUCUGGCUUGAUACGGAGGAACUAACGGAGGUGAUGAGGAGGAUGCAGCGGGAGAUGGAUCGGGGGUUGUGCGUCGUGACGCACGACCAGGCCAGCAUUAAAAUGUUGCCCACUUACGUGUGUCUGACCGCAGAUGGAUCAGAGGUGGGGGAGUUCCUUGCUCUGGACCUGGGAGGCACAAAUUUUCGGGUGAUGUUGGUGAAAGUGGUGGAGGAUGAGAAGAGGGGCUGGAAGGUGGAGACCAGGCACCAGGUGUACUCCAUCCCAGAGGAGGCCAUGACUGGCACAGCACAAAUGCUCUUUGACUACAUUGCUGAGUGCAUCGCAGACUUCCUGUCGAACAAUCACCUCAAGCACAAGAAGCUCCCCUUGGGGUUCACCUUCUCCUUCCCAGUCCGGCAUGAGGACUUAGACAAGGGCAUCCUCCUGAACUGGACCAAAGGAUUUAAGGCUGCAGGUGCUGAGGGCAACAAUGUGGUCAGCCUGCUGCAGGAUGCCAUCAAGAGGAGAGGGGAUUUUGAGAUGGAUGUGGUUGCCAUGGUGAAUGACACAGUGGCCACCAUGAUCUCCUGCUAUUACGAUGACCGGAGCUGUGAGGUCGGAGUGAUCGUAGGUACAGGCUGUAAUGCCUGCUACAUGGAGGAGAUGGGGAGGGUGGAGCUGGUGGAGGGAGAGGAGGGCCGCAUGUGCGUGAACACAGAGUGGGGGGCCUUCGGGGCCAACGGCGAGCUGGAGGAUUUCCGUCUGGAGUACGACCGCAGGGUGGACAAGACGUCGCUCAACCCCGGCCAGCAGCUCUAUGAGAAGCUGAUAAGUGGGAAGUACAUGGGGGAGCUGGUGCGUGUGGUGCUGAUGAAGCUGGUGAGCCAGGGCCUGCUGUUCCGUGGCCGGGCCUCUGAGCAGCUGAAGACCAGGGGCAGCUUCGAGACCCACUUCGUGUCUCAGAUAGAGAGUGACACAGGGGACAGACAGCAGAUCUGUAAAGUCCUGUCCAGGCUGGGCCUGUCGGCCUCGGAGCUGGACUGCGACAUCGUUCGGCUGACCUGCGAGAGCGUCUCCACGCGAGCCGCCCGGUUGUGCGGGGCGGGCCUCGCCAGCAUCAUCAACCGCAUGCGGGAGCGCCGCGGCCAGGAGAAGCUCAAGAUCGCCGUCGGCGUCGACGGCUCCGUCUACAAACUGCACCCAUGUUUCCAAGAAAAAUUCCAUAAAGCAGUCCGUGAACUGGCACCGUCCUGUGACAUUUCCUUCGUCCAAUCAGAAGAAGGAAGUGGACGGGGAGCAGCGCUGAUAUCCGCGGGGGUCUGCAAGACGGUACCUUGCAUACUCAACAAGUGAAGGAGUGUGGCUCAGCCUUCAACCACGAGGGUGCGGUUCACUCGCUGUGUAAUGGGACUCGGGCUUCUCUUGCCAAGAAAGGGCACUUCUUUAGCCUUAUUGACAGCAUUCUUAUGUAUUCCAGAAAGGAAUCCAAAAUGGUUAAGGAAUGAUUUGGCACACUGAGGACACGGGAGGACUAGAACAUGCAAAGAGCUGUCAAACAGGAGCUAGCAGACUCCGCCAAAUCUAUUCUCUUCUGCGGUACUGCAUGCUUCAGCACAUUGAUGCCUUGUGUUUUUUAUUGCAUUGGGUAUCUGAGUGAGCGGUUACUGCUUAUUUAUCACAGCGUUACAACUUUACAAAAAUCAAGACUUGCUGUUAAACGGUUGUUUUAGUGGGGCAGAUAAUCCUGUGAUGUGUUGAAAAAAGAUAUUCAAGGCGCAAGCCACACUUUCACAAUGCCCAAUUAAUCAAAGCACACAAGCACAUUCUUCUGGAAUAGGUUUUUAGUGAAUUCCAAGCUGUUCCUUUAGUGUGCAUUCUUUCUGCAUUCGAAUGCCCCCACAUUCACCCCACACCCACCAUUUUCCCCCAAGUAUUGGAACAAAUAAAUGUCCUUGUAGGACCUAUUUUCUCCCA